AUGAUGAUGUGGUCCAACUUCUUCCUGCAAGAGGAGAACCGCCGGCGGGGUGCCGCGGCCCGGCGGCGGGCUCGCGGGCAGCCCAAGGCCCAGAUGACCCCGGAGCGCGAGGGCAAGAUCAAGCUGGCGCUGCUGCUGACCUCCGUGGGCGCCACGCUGGCCGUGCUGGCCGUCGGCACCGAGUUCUGGGUGGAGCUCAACACGUACCGGGACAACGGCAGCGCCGUCUGCGACGCGGCGCACCUGGGCCUCUGGAAGAUGUGCACGAAGCGACUGUGGCAGGCGGACGUGCCCGCGGGCAGGGACACCUGCGGGCCCGCCGAGCUGCCCGGAGAAGCAAAUUGCACUUAUUUUAAAUUCUUCACCACGGGAGAGAAUGCACACAUCUUCCAGAGAACCACAAAGAAAGAGGUGAAUCAGGCAGCUGCAGUGAUAGCAGUGCUAGGCUUGGCAGUUAUGGCCCUGGGGUGCCUCUGUAUCAUCAUGGUGCUCAGCAAAGGUGCAGAGUUCCUGCUCCGGGUUGGAGCCGUCUGCUUUGGCUUCUCAGGCCUGCUGGUCCUCGUCAGCCUGGAGGUCUUCCGGCAUUCCGUGCGAGCCUUGAUGCAGAGGGUCAGCCCUGAGCCCCCCGCAGCCCCGGCCCUGACCUACGAGUACUCCUGGUCCCUGGGCUGUGGCGUGGGGGCCGGCCUGGUCCUGAUGCUGGGCGGUGGCUGCUUUCUGCUGCUCACCCUGCCUCCCGGACCCUGGAGUCCCCUCUGUCCCAAGUGGGGCCAGCGGGCCCCCUAG